CCGCUCCGCCCAGGCCGUCCCGUCCAAUCGCCGUCGGGGCCGUGUUUUCGGAAGCGCCGGCCGGACUCCCCGAGUCCCGACUCCGGGGGGGAGCGGAGCAGAGGCCGCGGACCCGGCGGAGGAGGUCGCUGGGCUCCCGUGCGAUGAGUGGGCAGGUGAGCGCCUCGGGCGCCUUCCGGAGCCUUCCCUGCAGAGCGAACCCGAACGCAGACUGGAUGUCGGGGCUGAGCCCGCAGCUGUGGGACGUGCCCCUGCACCACCUGUCCAUCCCAGGCAGCCACGACACGAUGACCUACAGCCUGAGCAAGAGGUCGCCCGUCUCCCGGUCCGAGUCGCGGCUGCUGCAGCUGCUGGCCAAGCUCCUGCCCUGCAUCCUGCAGCCCGUGGUGCUCAAGUGGUCGGUCACCCAGGUGCUGGACGUCACGGAGCAGCUGGACGCCGGCGUCCGGUACCUGGACCUGCGGGUCGCACACAUGCCCGAGGGCUCCGCCCAGAACCUGCACUUCGUCCACAUGCUGUACACGACGCUGCUGGUGGAGGACACGCUCACGGAGAUCUCCGAGUGGCUGGAGCGCCACCCCCGCGAGGUGGUCGUGCUGGCCUGCAGGAACUUCGAGGACCUGAGCGAGGACCUGCACGAGUACCUGGUCUCCUGCAUCAAGAACAUCUUCGGGGACAUGCUGUGUCCCCGCGGGGAGGUGCCGACGCUGCGGCAGCUGUGGGCGCGGGGCCAGCAGGUGCUGCUGUCCUACGAGGAGGACGGGGUCGUGUCCCGGCACCCGGAGCUCUGGCCGGGGAUCCCCUACUGGUGGGGCAACCAGGUGUCGGCCAAGAGGCUGAUCCGCUACCUGGAGCGCAUGAAGGGCUGCGGCCGCCCAGACGGGCUGUUCGUGGCGGGCAUCAACCUCACGGAGAACCUGGAGUACGUCCUGGCGCACCCGGCCGCGUCCCUGAAGAACCUGACGCUGCCCAGCCUGCCCCGGCUCAGCGCCUGGGUCCGCGAGCAGCGCCCAGGGCCCGGCCGGCGAUGCACCAACAUCAUCGCGGGCGACUUCGUGGGCACCGGCUCCUUCGUCAGCGACGUCAUCCGGCUCAACGACAAGCUGCUGGCCUGCUGACCGGCCUCCCGUGGGCGAUGCCGGACCGGCCUUCAGCGCCCUGGGCCGCGGCGCCCUGGCCACACGCGGGCGAGGAGAUGGGGGGCAGGGCCCUCGCCUCCUGGGAACCCCCUGGCGGCCGCAGUGCCUCUGGGUGAAUCCAGUGACUGCGAGGAUCGGAGGCAACUGUGGGGUCGCCUCCCACGGCAUGGU